AAAGCGAGUAGACAUAUUCUUUCCCACACACCCGAUGGCAGCCAAUUGGCCACCAACUCCGCGUUGCAAUCGGCGCUCCCCUGUUAAAUAGGGGCAUGUUUCCCGUAUCGCUUCUUCAGUUUCCAUAGUGCAACGCAACGCCACGCCUGAUCUGAUCAGCACCAAAUAAACGCUGCUUUCUGAGUCUCGCUUGGGUAAGCCUGCUCUGAUCACAAUGGCUUCCUUGGUUGCUUGCUCGGCUUUGGCCGUGCUGCUCCUCGUGGCCCGCGCCUCCACGGCUGCCGCCACCACCUACACCGUCGGCGACGGGUCCGGCUGGACGACCGGCGUCGAUUACACCACAUGGGCCGGCUCCAAAAACUUCAAAGAUGGCGACAGUCUCGUGUUCAACUACGCGAAAGGGCUGCACACGGUGGUGGAGGUGAGCGCCGCCGAGUACAUGGCGUGCACGGCGACCAACCCUCUCGGCUCCGACAGCAGCGGCGUGACCACCGUCGCCCUCAAGACGGCCGGCAGCCACUACUUCAUCUGCAGCAUCCCCGCCCACUGCGGCGGAGGCAUGAAGCUCGCCGUGACCGUCGGCGGCUCCUCCUCCCCCUCCUCUCCGUCGUCUUCCACCACGCCGUACACGACGCCGACCCCGACCACCAACACGCCGUGCACGACGACGCCGACGUCCCCGGCGUGCACCGGAGGCACCCCGGUGACCCCUGUAACCCCGGUGACACCGGGCAUGACGCCAUUCAUGGUAUACCCCAGCGCGGCCGGCCUCGGGCCGGCGGCGUUGGCCGGCUUUGGCCUGGUUUGGUUUUCGAUCGUGCAGCUUGCACUGCUGUAGGCACAAUGGUAAAUGGUCAACGUCAGGAUGGAGGCAGUGCCGAUGUCGUGUCGUCUGUUAUGUACCGAUGUGUUGGUUCUUUGUUGUGGAUCCGAGCUUUAUGAAGACCAAGGAAAUUGGUGUUUCUGCUCUGCUGGCUCUGGAUACUGAUGGUGGCUGUUUCCUUGAGCUAGAGUCUUGCAGUACUUCCCCCUCUCAGUAGCACCUUUUUUCUUGUGCUUCUUUUUAAAAGAUUUUUACGGUAUAUUUAAAUGAUUGGCCCAAU